AAGAGUCAGGAGAAGCAAAAUUCAAACUGGUUAAAUGCAAUGUGUCUGUUAUGAGGAGCCACACACACACUUUUCGAUUUGGGGAUCUUUAAUAAUGACCAACCCGGUUGCUGUGAGUGUGCAGCAGCUUGUUUUUCCGUUCCGCCGCUGCUGCUGCUCGCUGCGUCAGGAGGAGGGGGGAGAGAGACUGCGGCGCAGCUUCUGGCUGCAGGAUGGCGGGACGGCAGCGCCAAGGAUGCGGCAUGGAUUGGAGAAAAGUUUAGGAACGCCGCACAUAGCAGGGCAUCAUGCAUGACGCAAAAAAAGAAAAAAGACAACCGCAGCCCGGAAUACAUCGGCUCCCUUCUGCGCCCUCUGAUGCACCAGCCGCUUCCUCUUAGCGCACACUGACCGGCCUAUGCGUCAACCGGUCCGCCUCCUCCGUCGCUCCACCUGCAUGACCCGCGAGCCAGGUGAAGGGUUAGUGUAAACACGAGCCGUGGGUGUGGUGCCGUUUCCAGAGCAUGCAUGAGGGCUGAAUGUAUACAUAUGAGAGAGAGAGGGGUGGACUGGCGAUACAGAAAGCAGCGGAGCAGCAGGGGGGACGCGGGCUGCAGCUGGUCCUGUUGCAGAGGAGACAACCAGGGGGUUCCCACCGACAGAGCUGGCAGGAUGAGCUUCAAAAACAUGCGGGAGUACCUGGCCUGGCUGUACUACCAGUACCUGCUCAUCACCGGCAUCUACGUCCUGGAGCCGUGGGAGAAGUCCAUCUUUAACUCUGUCCUCUUCUCCGCCAUUGCCAUGGUGGUCUACACCUCGUACGUGUUCGUGCCCAUCCACGUGCGUCUGGCUCUGGAGUUUUUCUCCGAGAUCAUUGACGGCCAACCGGAGAGCGCCAUGGCGCUCAUGAACUAGAACGAAGGAGGAAAACGGAGGGAAAAGACUCAUAAAAAAAAGAAGAAGGGGCGGCGUGUAAAUGUGACCUUAAGCGUCUCCCUUCUUCACCCAAACCACAAACCGGACACUUUCAUCGACACUGAAAAUAUGAAGAUCUUGCCGGAAUGAUCUGGAGGCCUUACUCACUUCUUUUGGAUCCCUCGCCCUCUGGCCUUACCCGAUGGUAUUACGCAGCAGUGCUUUAAUUUCCUGCGCUAUUGAAAUGUUUGGUUUUCCUUUUCCUCGCCAUAUGUCCUGUUUAAGUGCAUCCCACCUCUGGGUUUUGCAUGACGGGGCCGUACAUGACAGGUGGAUUUGCAUGCUUGACAACCAACAAAGCACAACCGGUCUCCUUUUGUUCUUCUGGAUGCAAAAGUCAUGAAGGUAUUCCAGAAGUUCUGAUUUUAGCUUAUUAAGACCUGGACAUCAUGGAAGAAAUAAUUCCC